UGCGUUAUUUACCUUUUCCUAUCUGGACAGUACGUCAUCUUGAUAAGGGCACUAGGUUAUAUAUAAGAAGUCAGGCGUGUAGAUCAUGAGUGGGCAGCGCGCGAGGGCCACGCAGGACUUUCAUUUUCAGAAGAACAGCGCAUUUUGAUAUAAUAGACUUUCGAUGACUUUUUUGCAAGGAGACCAGGCUACCUCUGGAGUGUGCGGCGCAAAUUCUGAUCUGACGAAUGAAGAGGAAGGGAGUUUGAAUCAGCUGGGUGGUGUGUUUCUGAAUGGUCGUCCUCUGCCCGUCUAUAAACGGAAACUGAUGAUUGAGCUCGCCACCGAGGGCGUAAGACCAUGUGAGAUCUCCAAAAUACUAAAGGUCUCCAAUGGCUGCGUCAGUAAGAUUUUGGGCAGGUUUCAGCGCACAGGGGUCAUUGGCCCUAAAGCUACUGGAGGCAGCAGACCCAGACUCCUGACUCCUGAAGUCAUCUCCACCAUAGCGCAGUAUAAACGACAGAAACCCACACUCUUCGCCUGGGAAAUCCGACAAAAACUGGCAGCGGAUCGAGUGUGCAGAGAAGAUAGGGUCCCCAGCGUGUCCUCCAUAAACCGUAUUUUAAAGAAGAUUCAUCUUGACACUGCAGAUAUGAUGGGUGGUACAUACCCAUGUGUACAACACAACUACACAGGUGAGAGAGUGUAUGAACAAAUGAAUGAGCAGGCAACGAGUUUCAAUAUAAUGGACAAGCAACUAUUAAACACAAAUCAGCAAGACACCUCCAAUCGCACCAGAAGCGCUUUCAGUCCGAAUCAGUGCCAGAGAUUAGAGAAAGAGUUCAUCCAUGGGCUUUAUCCAGACCUGCUAACCAGAGAAAAGCUGUCGGAAGAGACUAAUCUUCCUCAGGACACCACAAAGGCUUGGUUAUCCAAUCACAGAGUAAGAAUGAGAAGAGAGCAAACAGAACCUAGCAAAUGUGCACCGUUGGGUAUGAGCAGGCCAGGGUUUCUUAGCAAGAAUGCUUUGAUUUCCUUGUCAGAGUCUCCAGCUGGGCUGGACAGCUAUUUGAACAACAACAGUGCAGCGGCAUAUCAGGCACAAUCCGCUUUUCCAGUGGCCCAUCAGACCGACAAAACUGCCUUCCCAUCGGUUAACUUGAGCUCGAAUGCCUUUCCACUGGAUAAUCACGCAGAUACUUUAAUGCAGUUAUCUUACCAGGGAAACCAGGAGUCUGUGCACCGAUUGGUUCCCUUGAACACAGAUGAAAGGAUUUUUGAGGCUAAUUGUUCACAGUGGGCUUCUCAUCAGAGUUUGAUGGGACAGGAUGCUUCCAUGUUUUGAGUUCGGCGGACA